GUUAUGACAGACAACGUGAACCCCAGUUGCCAUCCACAGUUGAACUUUGUAGCCUCAGGAAAUACAGAAACACCCUUGCUUCCCCAAAGGACCAGCCAAAACCUCGCCUCAAGUCACACCUAUGACAAUAGCAUCCCAGCAACAUCAUCAAACCAGAGGCUGCCAUCCUUGCCCGGCAAUCAUCCAGCGAUGACAAAGAAUGAUCUUCAGCCAUCCAAUUACUACGAGGUAAUGGAGUUUGAUCCCUUAGCUCCUGAUGUCACUGCAGAAACUGUUUAUGAAGAAAUUGAUGUGAAUCACCUCAGAAGAGUUCAGAGUUAUACUGACUGUUGAGGCAAAACUGGACUGCCAGCUCCCAGGCCACAUCAGGAGUGCCACCUCUCUAAAGGCUAGACCCUGUCCAGCUUUGAAACCUGGAAGACAAGACCUACCAGUACGUCAAAGUCAUGGUGGAUACUGGGACAUUUCUCCUCUGCAGUAAUGAAGUUCAAAUAGAAGAGUAACAGUUCCAGGGUAACAUUCAUGGUUCUGGACAACAGUUCAACAUUUAUCUCAAAAGAACUUGUUUGUGACAUAGAUUCACUUGAAAGUUCAGCCGAAGAAAUAUUUACUAUACUUCAACCAUUGAGUUUAAUUUCAGGGUCUUAGGUUUUACAGGCCUUCCUACAUUUUGAAAAGAAAUCAUCUAUCACACAGUUGUGAUAAGAGUAGAUGAAGAUUACUUUAUUACAAAAUAAUUCUGAAUAGAUGUUAAGCAUAAAAUGUGAGAAACUAAAGGUAUUUUUCAGGAAGAUUACUGAGUGCCUUCAUUUAACUAAAGUUGAAUGUAAAAAGUCAAUUUGCACUUCUAAUACUCUUGUUUAGAAUGAGAGGUAAAGCCUUGAUGAUUGUAAACGUCCCUGGACGCUGCAUCAGGUUGCCUUUAAACUUGAUUCUUUAUAAUCCUAAAUGUUUGCUCUUUUUUACAGUAAUUUAACAUUUCUAUUUAGAAGACAGACUUUACUGGAAAACGCUCAAGAAUAAAUUGUGCAUUAUUUUACAUAAAUUACAAUGACAAAUAAAUUACUAUUAAAAUAAUUUAAUGUAUCUUUUUUAGAGUUUGUUCACAGAAGAACUUUUGAUGUCAGUACAUGUA